CAUGGCUGCUUCGUACAGUUGAGAUGGCAGUACGAAGUAAAGACAAUCGAAUAUUUCUGCUGCAAAAUGAGAGCAGUCCGGGAUAAAAGCAUAAAGGAGCUGUCUUUAUAAAACAUACAAUGAUUUGGGUCAACCCAGAGCUGUUUUCUGGCGUUGUAUUUAGUUAUUAACUGGCAUAACAUCCUCGAAAGUCAUUCUUGGCUGAAAGUUGUGCUGGUCUUUUGAGGAACAGUUCCUGUUGAAGAAACUUAGAUAUCCGUAUAUUUGCUGUUGUGGAAACUUCACUUUGCUCAAGCAAAAUGUCAAGAAAGCACAGCACAUUAUUAAAAGAAGAAGUUGACGAUGAAGAAAAUAGCUCAGGAUCAGACGGAGUUGGUAAAAAACGAGAAAAAGAUAAAGAUGGAGAAUAUAAAAAGAAGAAAGCAUACAAAAAAGGUGACAAAAAUGAAGGCUAUUUUAAUGACAGUAUGACCAAGACAUCCAGAGCAAUAGGAGGUGCCGCUGUAAAUCCAUCUGCCGAAACAGUAACGUCACCAGUUCACACACAACAACCUGGUGUGAUUCCUGCACCUUUGCAGCCUCCGCCAUCAAGCAGGCAUCAGAACCAGCAGAACUUUGUUCCAGUAACAGCUGGAAAUGUGCCAAGCUAUGCUGCAGCGGCACAAGGCCAUGGGGCUGUGCAAGUUCCAGUGCAUGCUGUUAAUGCAGCUGCACCAUCAAACUGGCAACAGCAGCAGGCAAUGCUGCAGAGACUUCCACCACCACCAGGCACRCAACAUGUACAAAUGCCUCAGCAAUAUCAAGUGCAAUCCACUAAUGCACUUACUCAGGCUCAAUUUGCUUCCCAAAAUGUCUCGCCCACUCAGAGACAAAUCUACCAAGGUCAUCCCCCACCCCCUCAGCAGCAAGGGCAGGUAUACCAACCCCCACCCCCUCAACAACAGGGGCAAGUCUAUCAAGCUCCUCCUUCUCAGCAGCAAGGACAAAAUUACCAAGCACCACUCCCUCAGCAACAAGGUCCAAGUUACCAAGCCCCACCUGCACAGCAAGGACAGAAUUAUCAAGCCCCACCCCCACAGCAAGGACAAAAUUUUCAAGCCCCACCCCCACAACAACAGGGACAAAUCUACCAAGCUCCACCCUCUCAGCAGCAGGGUCAAAAUUACCAAGGUCCUACCCAACAGCAGGGAUUCUAUGCAGUUGGUGUGGUAGGAUAUCCAGGGGGUCCAAUGCUGCAUCAGAAUAUUGCCCAUGGGCAAGUCCCACAUUCACAAGGUCCUCAGAGCCCCACUGGUCAAGGUCAAGUCCAUGAUCCUAAUUGGCAGCAAUAUGCUCAGUCUGAUGGAAAUUGGAGUGGACACCCCAAUGACGGUUCCUGGACAGGCAAASCAAUACCACCAGACCAACAAAGRGAUGGUAACUGGGCAGCAUUUGAUGGAAGYCCACCAGAGAAAACACCACAAAAACCAGCAAGAAAAGAAAUAACRUGGAGAGAAUCACCUGAUAAYAGCUCUAGUGGUGAAGAAAUUGAGUCCAAUGAUGACGACGAYGAUGAAGAGCAGCAAGGUCUUAUUAG